AUGCCGAUUGUCGGUCUUCUGAAGAAAUUUAUCCGGGGUGAAGAAAAGAAAUCGAUGGUGAAGAAUGUCCCAUCGAUAGUCAGAUUGGAGACGGACGUGGGUGAAUAUUGGACAUUGAAAGAAGUGAUCGGGGAUGGCGCAUUCGGUAAUGUUUAUAAGGCUGUCAGUAAAACCGAUCCUACGCGAGUUGCUGCAGCAAAGGCGAUGGAAUUAGAUGAUGAUGAAGGUGCAGCAGUGAUGGUCGAAGUGGAGAUUCUAGUGAAUUGUGUUCAUCCGAAUAUUGUGCAGUUGUACGAUGCGUUCAUAAUGGGCAAUCGAAUCACUGUCGAUUGGAAGCAUUCAGCAUUGUUCACUUUGCAGUUACUGUUAGAGUUCUGUGGUGGUGGUGCGAUCGAUAGCAUAAUGGUGGAAUUAUCUCGGGGUUUAAGCGAGCCACAAAUACAUUGUGUGAUGAAGGAAGUUCUGAAGGCGUUGCAGUUCUUGCAUCAGAAGAAUGUGAUUCAUCGCGAUUUGAAAGCUGGAAAUGUUUUGCUGACGAAUGAUGCGAAAGUGAAAUUAGCUGAUUUCGGUGUAUCAGCGUUUUGUAAGGAUGCACGUGAAGAACGAUCAACAUUCAUUGGAACUCCAUAUUGGAUGGCACCUGAAGUGAUGCUUUGUGAGACGUUUCCCGAGAAGAAAUAUAACAAACUAGCGGAUAUUUGGAGUUUCGGUAUAACUCUAAUUGAGAUGGCUGAAGAAAGACCGCCAUAUUCAGAAAUGAAUCCUGCCAAAGUGGUUUUCAAGGUAAUAAAAGCUGAUCCACCCUCUCUACAACGACCUAAUCAGUGGUCAUCAUCGUUUCGAGAUAUCGUCUCGCGGUGUCUUGUUAAAGAUCCACAGAAUCGACCAACUGCAUCUGACCUUAUUGCUCAUUCGUUUUUCGCGAAAGAAAGUGAUUUUGGUUGUGUGAAAAGAUUGAUCUGUGAGAUGAAUGCCGAGCAAGUGACAACCGAAGUGAUGCAGUCGGAUAUCGAUGACGAUGAUGAUACUUCGUCAUCGAUUGACAUCAGAUUCCCGAGUACUGACAUUAUGGAGGUUCACAUUUUGAUUCAUUGCUCACUUGCAAUUUAA